AUGCCCUUGUCCGUCGGCACGAACUGUACACCGAUUCCAAAAAGUUGCGACACGGAUGGAAUCGUGAUCUCUUCCAACACCGGCGGCUUGUCUGAGCUCGAUUUCUCGUCUUCUUUCUUUUCUUUGUCUUUAGUGAAAGCUCCGAACGCGCUUUCAAUAGGGCCUUUCAACGUCUUCACGAUCGGGAUUUUGGUGAGGAUUGUCCAAGGCAAUUUGACGACAACUUUCAACGGCUUCGAGACGAGUAUUCUCUUGAUCCAAUCCAACGCCGGCCCUGCUUUUAAGGAGGAUAGGAAAUUCCAUAUCACGUCGAUAAUCUUGCUUACGUGGCCGGGCUCCGAAAACGAGUCCGUUUUCGAAAAAUUCCCAUCUUCGCAAAUCUCGAUUAUUUCAUCGGGUCGACCCGCCUCGAAUUCGGGCACGAUAAUCGACCGGUACAAAAAGUCUAGCAAGUGCGCGCACUCUUUGACCUCGAUUUUUCGCGUGCCGUCCGUUUUGAACGGCAAGAUCUCGUUCCCGAGCCCGAUUAACAUGUCGAGAAGCAAUUGA